AUGGGAAAAGAAGCUGAUAUGAGUGUCAUUGAUUAUUAUACGAAAUUCAAAAGUAUGUUUGAUGAACUUGAUGAAUUGAAACCUCUACUUGAAUGUAACUGUGAAGCUUCCAAUAAAUUGCUACACAGGGAAGAAGACCAUCAUGUUCAUUUAUUUCUUGGAGGUCUUGACAAUGAGAAAUUUAGUCAAAUAAAAGGAACCAUUCUCUACUCUCAUCCUAUUUCUUCCUUACGCCGUAUUUUUAAUCAAAUACAAAGAAAGGAAUCACAUUAUACAACAGAUAAAGAAAAGAGCACCAAGAUUGAAAUGAGUUCUACUUUCUACUUAUUCAAGACAAAGAAAUCAAAGUGGAAAGACAACUCCAAAUUGAAAUGUAAUCACUGUGGAAAAACAAGGCAUAUCAAAGUAAAGUGCUUUGAGAUUGUUGGUUAUCUGAGUAAUUAUAAAUCUAGAAGAACUCAACACAGAGAGAAAUAUAAAAAAGGAGGCAAUGGUGCAAAUUUUGCACAAGAAGAUGAGAAGAAAGACAACACAACGGGAUCAGUUCCAGGUCACGCUAUGCAUGGAUUUCGUGUCAAGAGUCAAGCUAGCCCACAUGACAAAAUGACUGGGGAUACUGCCACACAUAAUGAUUCACAUAAUUUCUUAACAACUAUAGAUGAUUAUUCUCUAGAAACAAAUGCAAUUAUAGACAAUGGCGAUCGCGAGGAAGCAACUAGAUACACCAUAGAUUCUACAGAACUUGUUGAAGAUAAUUCAGCAAAGAUUAGUCAUGCCAAUUCAGAAUUUAGAAGACAUAAACGCAAUAAGUAA